CCUCAAUUUCGAUCCAGUUUCCUCGGCCCACUAUCCGUGCUGAUACGAGCGGCUAAGUCUUAUUUGGUCAGGAGCCCUGAAUACUCCAGACUUUGGCUGGGAAAUAGCAUGACAUCAGGGGCACCCGCAUCACGUGGUUCUCCGCAGCUGGCUGCCGGAUGCCCUCGAGUGCCGAACACAUCGUCAACCAUCCCAGAUCCCGCUCAUUAGAUCAUGGACACCCCUGAUGUCGUCCCCUCCGAUGACGGGCCAACUGCCCGAUUCCCCCAGCCACCGUCGACUGGCUGCCAGGAGAGAAACCCAACGUUCCCGCAAAGGCUGCCCUGCAUGCCGGAGGCGGAAAAUUAAAUGUGAUGAGCAAAAGCCCAAGUGCGGCCAAUGUGUGCGGAGUGGCCGGUCCUGUCGCAUCAUUGACAGCCUGUUCCGGCCACAUGCUUACUCCUUUCUCACGGGAUCGUCGCCACGCAGCCACGACACUCGCCCGAGAAGUCGGUCUCCCGAUUCCCCCAGGGGCACCCCGGACGUCGCAUGGGCAGCCGGCAGCCCCCAGCCAGGUAAUGCUCACUCCCACGUGAGACUGGAGGUCACUAACCGAUUUGCAGUCGACUUGGGUGGUCUGCAUGCCCCAGACACCGCUCCCACAUCGCCGACCUCCCCUACCCCGACUAAUGUCCUUGCCUUGGUCAAUGCAUUCACUGUAGUUGCCCCAUCAGAGGGGUUCCCUGUAGACAGAGACGCUCUUCCGGUGCCUACGGAGCCUCCCAUCCUGACCACAGAACCAAGUCCCCGUCAGUCGCAUAGCGAUCAUGGGCCACGUCGGCCCAGUCACGAGCAGUCUCGAACACCGGCGGAUCCUUGCUUAUCACAGGAGGAUGCCAUCGCAGAUAGCUAUCAGGAUCGAUGUGAGAUUGCUUUCUUCCUUCGAUAUUUCUCCGAAGAACCUGGGAGGUGGAUGGACCUGGGUAACGACACCCAAUACUUUAGCCGCUAUAUUGUGUCCCUCGCCGAUAUGAGUGCGCUGAUCCGAUACGCUGCCUGCGCGCUGGCAGCCAAGCAGUUGGGGCAGGUAAAGGACCCUGAAUCCAGUAUUCGACAAACGUCCUGCCAUCGGACCAUGUUGAAGGCGUUUUCCAAUUCCAAGCUGGACUUUCUCUGGUACGGGGCCAAAUAUUAUGAGCGGGCGAUUCAGAUUCUUGCCCGCCAGAUCUCCCAUGAAGACCGAUCGGACUGCCAUAUGUCGCCUGCUUGUAUCUACCAAUCCGGAUUGACUCCGCAAAGUGUGGAUUAUAGCGUCCUGGGCGACCAGGAAAUUGCAGCAGCGACGUUUCGUCUUCUGGCUGCAUGCAUACUGUGCCAGUAUGAGGAUUUGAGCGUGACCUUGCGGGCUUGGUCCGGCCAUCUGGAUGGAAUCUACAAACUGCUUCGUCCCCAUCUCAGCGGCGCGGUUGAAUUGCAACCCUCGCAUCCCAUUCCGCAGCCCGCAAAUGUGGUGGAAUCCAUAUUCUGGUUUCUUGCGAUCAACGACAUGAUGGAUGCCUUUGUGUCGCGAAAGCGUACCAGAAUAAAUACCGACGACCUCUCGGUCUGGCGCAAGUUCGGGGGUCUACCUUUAGAUGACACUGGGAGUCUCAUCAUUCACUACACUGACGAGCGACAUGCCGAGUCCAUUCUAUCAAAAGGGUUGGUCCGACUGCUGUGUCUGAUGGUUAAUGCCAACCUGGCCAACGUCAUGGAGUGGAAUUACAUCAACGCGGAGCUAGACCGAUGGCAUAGUAUUCUGCCGUCCAGCUUCCUGUCUCCUGUCAGCUGGCCUCCUUCCCAGUCUGCAACCCAGACGGAUGGCUCACAACCCAACGCUAUCCCCGAAUUAUUCACCCGCGAAACAUGGUUCUCAAGCGACACCUGUGCCAUCGCGAUGGCCUUCUAUCACAUGGCCCGAAUGGUGUUGUUGAUCAACCGACCCUUGGAAUUGUUCUUACAGCAGCAACCCCACCAGCUGGAUCUGCUUGCCACAUACCGGUCUCUGCAAGAAGGCCUUCGUCACCAUGCAUCCGAAAUUGUCCCUAUAGCCCACGGGAUGCCCAGCGAUGUGGUCCGAAAGUACUUGCUCCAGCCCCUUUACGUCGCAGGCCGAUGUCUCCAGGAUAUUAGCGACCGGAAGAGCCUCCUGGCUAUUCUUAGCCAGAUCGACGAUGAUCUCGGGGCUUUUACAGACUACCGCAAGAGGGACCUUUGUGAAGAAUGGGGGAUUCCGUACGAACCGGUCGAGCGAAAUAUUGUAUUAUGACAAUGAGCCAUGUAGCAAUGGAUGCCUGCCGUGCCAUUUGAUUGGGCUGUAUCUGAAGUUCGAUUGCGGGACAGGG